AUGACUGACGGUUUCAUCGGAAAGAUCAAACAGACUUUUAGCUCGAAAGAGAAGCAAAACGAAAAGAUACUAAGGGCGCUGUACCGUGCUGGUAAACGGAAGGCCCAAUCCGAGGCUGGUGUUAAGCGUAACAACAGCACCAGUUCCAGUUCCAGCUCGCUGAGCGACGAGGGACACCCAGCAGGUAAGAACACUACCGGCACCGCCGCCCCAGGCCAGACUUUUGGCAGCAAGUCUGACCCAGCAGCAGCUGGCGCCGCCGGUGCCGCUUUGGGAGGAGCAGGUGGUGCAGCAGCAGGCACUGCCGCCGGGGGCUCUUCUUCUUCUUCGCAGGAUCCUAAUGUGAUUAGAUCCACCAACAAGGGCAGAGUGGUUUCGCAGCCACCAAACGUUUCGCGCGAGCCUUUGGAGAAGCAGUGGGGCGGUGACUAUGCCAAUGAGAAGAAGCCUACCGAGGUUUCUGGUGGCACUGGUCCUGAAUCCAGCAAUGCCAUUGUGGACAACACCAACCCUGGUUACGAUAAUGCCGCCAGCCCAGUUCAAGGCCACGGCAGAUUCUACGACCCUAAGGACACCCAGGGUGGUCUUUACGGUUCCAACGCUAACGAGAGCAAUGCCGCCACUUAUGCUGGUGCUGGCGCUGCUGGCGCUGGCGCUGGUGCUCUUGGUGCUUCUGCCGUUAAGGGCGGUGAUUCUGAUGACUCCAAGUAUACCGAAGCCACCAAGCAGCAGGCUCCUCACAACAAGAACUUGAAGACCAAGCCAGAUGCCUACGCUGAGCAGGACAAGAUUGACGACGAGGCCAACCGCGUUUCUGAGCAGGCUUAUGCCAAGGGCCAGAGACAGGCCCACGAGAUCCACCAGCAAGGCCAGGAGAAGGCCAAGGCUGACGCUGACGAAGGUAAGAUUGGCAGCCAGGUUGACGAGGACGAGGAACACUCCAAGAACAGAUCUGCCUACAACCGUGGCGGUGUCAAGCUGGCCUACAGGGAGGUUUCUGGCCAGGAUGGUCCAAGUGACAAGAGCAGCGCGGGUAAUGCUGCAGCUGGUGCCGCAGCUGGUGGUGCUGCUGGAGCAGGCGCUUCUCACUUGGCCAACAAGGGCGAUGCUCACUCCAACGUUGUCAAGGCUGGCGAGCCUCCAUCUUCUGAGGACUUUGACUACGACUCUGAAAUCAAACGUUUGGAUAAGAACAUUGAAACUACUCAGAAGGAGAUUGACGCUAUCCACUCGCCAAACAGAAGCACUUUGGACCCUAAGGCUAGCGGCAAUGCUGGUUCUAGUGCUAUUCCAACUGGCCAGUCCAAGUCUGCUGUGACUGGCUCUAACGCUGGUACUUCUUCUGGCUCUGGCAGAGCUCUCGCUGGCGCAGGUACUGGCGCGGCUCUUGGUUCUGGCGCAGGUUACGCUGCGGGCUCUGGCUCUAGCGAGCAGAAGCAUUCGCAGCCAGAGACUACCUCCAGGUCUCAGCAGCAGCAGAGCUCUUCUGGCACUGACUACAAGGACUACUACGAUGCUGGUGUUAGAAAGGGCGCUUACGAAGCUGGUAGAGGUCAGGGCGUCGAGGAGAAGGCCUACAGUGCUGGCCAGGAUGCUGCUUCUAAGGAUGCUAAGGAUGCUGCUUCUAGCUCUUCCUCUGGUACUGGCUCUGGUAUUGUUGCCGGUGCUGCUGGUGCCUUUGGUGCUGCUUCUGUUCUUGCUUCUCAGGCUCUUGGAUUUGGCGGCCUGAACAAGACUACGGAGUCCCACGAGGCUGACGUUGGCCCUGCUGGUGCCACUAACGCUGCUUCUGCUGUUCCUGGUGCUGGUGGUGCUUCUCACGGUGCUUCUGUCCACACCCAGGGUGCCCCAGAAGCUAGAGGUACUUCCCAGGAAGGUCCUGCUGGCCAGCACGGCUACCUUGACUCUGCCAAGGGCGCUCUUGGCUCUGCUGGUGCUUCUGCUGCUGGCGCUCUUGGUUACAAUGAAUACGAGAACAAGAGUAAGGACAAUGAGCAGCAGACCAAGCAGUCUACUUCUCAACCAAGUGCCCUGGCUAAGUACGGUUCUACUGCUACUGCUCCAAGCGCCGUUGAAACCGGCGGUGCUCAAUCUUUGAAGCACCCAGGCUUCCAGCACCCAAGAACUGAAGGUCCUGGUCUCACUGCCGCUUCUGGUUCUGAAGACAGACGUGGUGCUGAUGACGUCGCUAAGGAGGCUAAGGAGAAGGCUCAGCAGAGAACUAAGUCUAAUCAGGUUGGCAAUGCAAGUGAAUCUGGUUCUGGUCCUACUAAUGCCGACACCAAGCUGGCUUCUCUGGGUCAGAGCUUGGAGACCGACGUUUCUGAGCACAACAAGAAGCAAGGUAUCAAGAACGACGGUCGUUCUUUGCUUGACAUUGCUGAGCAGGAAGACCCUUCCAUUGCUAAGUUGAAGCAUGCUACGGGCUUGCACGGUGCUGACGAGCUUGACAAUGGUGAGGAGCAGGCUACUUCCAAGGCUGACGAUAUCCAGCCAAUUCCUGACGUUGCUUUGCACUCAAAGAGUGAGUUCAUUAACUCUGGUGGUAAGUCUGGUCAAUUGGGCGGCGUUUCGGCUUCUGAAGCUGCUAGCUCAACCGAUAAGGACGCCCCUGUUGCGUUGGCAGCUGUUAACCCUGACGAGGCUGCUAAGAUUACUGAAGAUAUUGAGAGGAACCAGAAGAAGUCCUCUUCUAACGCUUUAGGUAGAGCUCUUGGUGCCGGUGCUGGCUCGCCAAGUGUUUUCGUUGAUACUCCUCCAGCUCCAAGCUCUGGACAGUAUCAAGACUCCCCCUACUACGCUCCUGAACGUGGUGGAAACCACCCUGCUCCACGUGUUUCUGGCCAGGCUUAUGUUUCCAAGGACCAGAGGGAACAACACCGUCGUGAAGUGUUGGCUUCUGAGAAUGCUGGUGCCAAUGCUGGUCCUACAGCUGGUGCUGAUACUGCUGCUGACUCUGGUUACCUGAGCAAGGAAUUAGAAGAGAAGACUCUCAUUGAGACUGCUUAUGCUGCUGGUGUGAAGAAGUUGGCUGAGGAGAGAGGCCUCGGCCCUGACCAUCCUGCUCAUCAACAGAACGCCCAUUCUGAUGCUACCAGCAGUAAGAAGGACCACAGCAGCGAACCUGUUGUGGAAGUGAUUGGUAUUUCUGACAGAGAGAAGGCUCAGAAGGUUGCUCUCAAGGCUACUCGUGAUCUUUCUAAGCAAGGUGAAGAUGUGCUGAACAGCAAGAUUGUCGUUGAUGCUAACAAGAGAGAGAUUUACAUUGAGAAGGAUGCUUCUGAAGCUCAGCGUACCAAGGAUGCUGAGCGUGCCCAGAGAGAAGCCGAGGCUGCUAAGAGUUCUGAUUCCACUGGCGCCGCUGGUGCUGCCGGUGCUGCCGGUGCUACUGGUGCUGCUGCCGGUGCUGCUGGUUCUAACAAGGAACCUCACCCUGCUGAUUUCCAUGGACAGGUUAAGCAAGCUGGCCUUGUCAAUGAACAGAACAAGUCUACUGCACCUGCCACUGGUGCCCCUACCGGCACUAGCUUCGGUACUGGUUCUGGUUCUGGUUCUGGCUCUGGCUCUGGUCCUGGCGUUGGUGCCGCUGCUGGUACUGCUGGUUUGGUUGGCGCUGCCGGAGCCGCUGGUGCCUAUGCUGGAUCAAAGGGUUCUAAGAGUUCUAAUGAAAAGCCAGAUGCCUCUUUCUCUCAGGAGAACCCAAGAGAUGUUGACCCUAGAAACUACCAUAACCAGCACGAGAAGGUGAAGGACGAGCUUGAGGAGUUUGCUGAGGAGGGCCGUUUGGGUAACAUUGAACCUCAAGGCUCUGCUUUCUCAGGUUCUGCCCCUGCUAUUGGAGCUGCUGGUGCUGGAGCUGCUGGAGCAGCCGGUGCCGCUGGUCUUGCUGGAUCUUCCAAACAACCUGAUGCUUCUUUCGACGAGCCUAACCCAAGGGAAGUUGAUCCUCGCAAGUACCACCAAAAGCACGAACAAGUUAGGGAUGAUCUUGAGGAAUACGCCGAAGAGGGCCAGCUUGGUAACGUUGAACCUAAGCUGUCUGCCCCAGGUGCUGGUGCUGCCGCUGCUGGACUUGGUGCUGCUGGCUUAGCUGGUGGCGCCGCUGCUGGCUCUGCUCAAUCUAAGCACCCUGAUGCUAGUUUCCAUGACCCAAGCCCUGGCGAUGUUGAUCCUAAAAAGUACCACAACCAGCAUGAGGAGGUUAAAGAUGAACUCGAAGAAUUUGCUGAAGAAGGCCAGCUUGGAAACGUUGAGCCUCAACCAGCAGGUUCUGCCGGUGCUGCUGGUCUCGGUGCUGCUGGACUUGGUGCCGGCGCUGCCGGUGCUUCUACUGGUUCCCAACAACCAGAUGCUACUUUCCAUCAAUCUAACCCUGGAGAUGUUGACCCUAAGAGAUACCACAAUGAGCACGAGAAGGCCAAGGAUGAACUUGAAGGAUUCGCUCAGGAAGGUAACUUAGGCAAUGUUAGUGGUGCUGCCGCUGGCACUGGUGGUCACUCUGGUUACCGUGAGCCUUACCCUAGUACUUCUACCGAAGGUGGUAGCGACCCUAACUUCUACCAGAAUGUUAAGGUUAUUGGUGUUAAGGAUACCGAAACUGCCAAGGAUUUGGCCAAGCAGGCCGUCGCUGCUGUUCAGGGACGUACCGAUUUGUUGAAUGGUAUCAAGGAAUUGAGAGUUGACUCUUCUGGUGCUGUUACUGACGAGAAUGGUCAAUUCUUGAUCCAGCUUGGCCAUCCCCGUGGCCUGCUUUCUGAAGGGAAAGACACCCAGCCUCGCGGCGGUGGUGUAACCCCUCCAGUUACUUCUGGUGGCCAGAACGUGCCUUCUGCCGCCGCUGCUGCCCUUGCUGGCUCUGCUGCUGGUUAUGGAACCACAACUCACAAGGAGAGUCCCCUCAAGACUCAGUCCCUGACGAUUCCACAAUCUAGUGGCACUGGUACUACUAGUGGUACGAGCCAGCUCGGCACUUUGGGUGGUAACCAAUCGUAUUCCCCAAGGGAUCCAUUGGACACCCAAGAACGUCAUUCGAAUGUCAACCCUAGUGGAACUUCCGGUCAAGAUGCUGCCAAUUUGUCUGACCGUCUUGGUAAUCUUCGAACUGACGACCUCAACGCUACUUCACGUGGCCUUGCUGGCCAAGGCGCCUCCACCACUGCUGCCCCAGGUGUUGGUGCCUCUUCAGGUUCUGCUACCGCUGCCCCGAGAAGCAGGGCCUGGUUGCCAUGCCAGGCUCAUUUGACGUUUAAUUGGCGUCUUGAGUAUAAUAAUUCUGUUUAA